AGGGACCUCAAUAAGGACCCUUCCCUCAUUUUCAUGCUGUAUGCACUGAACUGUGCAACAUCAGAGGCAAAGUGAGAGACUUGUCACCAUCCAAGCCCCUAAAAGCAAAAUGCAAAGGGUCAGAUGGAGCUUGGCACAGGGACAGGCACUCCCAGCUCUCAGGGCAGCAAGAAUUAGUAAGGAAUUCUGCAGCAUAAUGGGAACAAGCCUGGGGGUCCUCACAAAAGCACUGCAGGGUCACUGCAUCCUCUUCAAACAUUUCUGGCCAGCUCAAACCUCUGAGUAAAUCCUGUCCAUGAAAAACAGCAUCUCCCCAGACACUUCCCAGUUCAUUUUUUAAAAAAAUGACAUCAGAUUUCAAGGGAGCAUGUAGUUUGGAGAGACACCUCUGAUGCCAGCUGCCUCUGUAUCUAUCCCAGCACUGAAACUGGAGAAGGGAAAGGGAUUUCACCAAGCUUUGGGACCCACUGUCCCUAAAAAUGCUUACUGUUCUCUGUGAGAGAGCAAGGAGGGCACCGUGCCUUUCCCAGGAGCCAGCUGCUGCUAACUCAGCAUUAAGAAUGGCCCUUUGGCAUUCCCAAAGCAGGGAUUCAACUCCCAGCACAGCAAUUCAAUCCCUACAUCUUUAGCAUGGAGAAAAUGAGGAUGAUUCCAGGGCUCUGAGGCUGAGGAUGGAUGUCAGCACCUCUUUGCUUCCUGCUCUGCUGAGCAAGGCAGGCUUUCAGACCAUUCUCCUCCUCAGGGUCUGAGGCCACAGGAGAUGUGGAAAUAGAUCCAAGCAGCUCUGCCACGCUGGUAGCCCUUCAGUUAUUUACUUUAAUAUUAAAUUCCGCACAUAUUUCCUGCUGUCGCAAGGGCAGCUGUGGAGCUCACGAGCUGCCAGCAGAGCUGCUCUCAGAGGAGGGCAGCAGAGGCCCCCAGAUGCCAGCACAUCCCUCCACAAACAGCAGCACACUCAGGGGUUUGUUGCUCCACGUCCCCAGGAGCAGCCAAACUGCUCCCAACAGCUGCAGCGAAUACCUCACCGGAAGCAUUUUGGUCUCCCUGCUCUGUGUGGGGAUGAGGGUUCAAACCCUAAGACCCUCAAGAUCUAUCUCAGCCUGCCUGUUCAGCAAUUCCAGCCCUGGAAGUAGACCACAUUCACUUCAGAGAGGCUCCCCCUGAUCUCAUGUCCCUUCACAGAGCACUGAUCCACAUUUUAAAUUGUGCUCUCCCUGCCACUGGCAGCAAUUCCCAGGACUGCACCAGAAAUCCCACAACAGGCAGAUGCCAGGUAGCACCUGCUCCAGAGGAGCAGUGAAAGAGCCCACUCCCCUUGAUCAGCCACAGGAAAGAGAAAACUACAGCUGGGACAAACUGAUCCCAACUACUGAUGUUAAGUAAGUGUUAAAGACAAAGCACAGGAGAAAGUUGGUUCUUACAGGAGCAUGGGUCCCUAGCUGCUCUUACCUUGAAGGAUCAGACCUGUGCUCCCUCUCCAGAGUGUCCCAGAGCUGCCUAAACGAUGGAAGACCAGUUCAUUAAGAAAAUAUUUUGAUUCAGAACCUCACGGAAGGGGAAUGUCCUUAAGACCUAAGCAGAAGCAUUGAGGAGGUGGUAGAAGGGAAGGAUGGUCACAGUUGGGAAGGAACAGAAAAGCGACUAAGGACCCUGGGAAGACAGAGGGAAGGAGUUCCCUGGCUUGGUGGAAGUUUGAGGGCAAGGCAAGGACCAAUGUUUCCCAGAAUAUCAUGCAAGGAAGCACAGUGACAGCUCUCAAGCACUGCUGGAAAAGCAGGAGCAAAAGAAAGGGAACAGAUGGAAAGAGUCUCGGAGAACCAGUGGAAGAGUGGAAAUCCUCUGCAUCCAAACCACAGCUGGAAGAGGUGGCAAACUCAUCCAGGGACAGUGAGGGAUGACAGGGAAGCAUCCCAUGAGAGCCAAGCAGAGCACAGACCAGGUGUUUCACUGACCUAGGGAAGAGAGGGCAGCCCCCAAGCACACUGUGUUUUACAGCGUUGGUGGAAAAUUCCAGCCCUGCAUAAUCUCCUGGGGUUCCUGUAAGAUUGUGACACGGAGAGAGGGACCAAACAGGAAAGAAUUAGAGGAAAAAUGCCUCUCUUCUGGCAGCCACCAUGGCUGUGCCAGGAGUUAGUAGCAGCGGAGCAGCCAGCCCUGCCUCCCCCUCCUCCGGCCGCCUCUAUAAACACGCAGGGCUUACUCAGAAGAUUAGGAGGGAACGGGGCAAAAGACAACAGAGUCUCUUUUGUAAUGAGGAAGGAUUACAGCAUCAAGUGACCGGCUGCAGCUCCCAAGUGGGUCUCAGGCUCCUUAGCACACCGUGUGGGGCAGGUCCAAUCCCCCAUGAGCCAAGGGGGCACGAGGAUGCAGGCGGUGGCCCGGGCCACAAAGGACUCAGCAGGGACACGUGCAGGACCAAACCUCCCCAGCCUCCAGCACGGCUCAGGAGCCCAUGACUGUGAGUAUCUGGUCCUAAUAGCAGCAGGAAGAUCACUCUGUCCUGCAGAGAUCCAUCUUCCUGCCUAUCUGUGACUUCCUCUGGCUCCAUCCCUCUGCUCUGUCUGCUCGCUGUCUGUCUUUGCAAUACCUGCUAGGGUCUGUUUGUGGUGGGUGAUGCACCCGAUGUCCCAGAAUCUUGCUUGCUGUGGGCUCCCACAACUGAAUUCCAGGUCAGCUGACUUCCAGGUGUACUGGUUAGUCCAGAGGGAUGAGCAGGGGAUGCAGGCAGCAGCUCCCUGGGUGGACUCUUCCUGCCCAUCCUGACUCCAGGGUCCUAGUGAGCCACCUCCCACCACAGACCUCAGCCACUAAUGGAAUGUGUCAGCUUCCCAGUGACACCCCAGGGCAGCUCAGCACAGGCUGGCAGGUGGGCAGGGAAGUGCCUUACCCAUUCAGGGCUGGAGGGAAAAGCACUGGGAAAAGCCCCAUAUCCCACACAGGAGCAGAACAGAGUAGAGGUGGGCAACAUCCAUUAUUUACACGGCCAAGAGCUGGAGUUUUCCUUCUUUGGUAAAAAAGGGAAUCUGUAUUUGAAUUACGCAACAAAGAAACUCCCUGAGCGCUUUCGAGCCCUAAAGCCCAGAGAAAAGAUGCAGCUUUGUGUAAGGGGUCCCAAAAAUGUAUGGGUUUUCUCUUCUGGGCAGCCUGUGGGUUCAGCCUCUGGGGCAGUUAAAACCUACUCUUCCAAGUGCCCAGAAAUCCGUAUGGAACGGACACAAGGAUUUACUGAAAUGGGCAUUUGUGCAGCUGGGGACAGGAACAGCUCUGCUCCUCUGUAUCACCCUUAAGAGGGGACUCAGGGACCUAAGUUAUGACAGGAAAACCCAAAGGAGGGGCACCAAAAAGCCAAACCCAGGACAAAAAUGUUGCUUGGUUGAAAUAGCCAAAAAUACCAACUUUGCUGGUUUUCUUCACAGCAGCAGCUCACUGGGACCUGAGUUGUCCCCAUCUAAAUGUAAAUCUUUCACUGGGAUGCUUAAAUGAGAAACAAAUGAGGAAGGUGGGCCCAAACUUACCUGCCUUCAGCUGCUUGAGAGUGUGACCUGUCCCUUGAAGUGCUUCUUCAUCCCCAUCAUUCAGGGAAGAGCCCAAGGCCCCAUAAUCAUUAACGUUAUUACCUCUAAAUAGCAAUGCCUGGUGACAUGUUAGGAUUCAAAAAUACCAAUAGUUCACACUGGGUAAUUAUUUCUAACCCAAGAAAUCAUUCACCAAUCUGCUUGGAUUAGAUAACACUGGUGUCUUGUUGUUUGUUGGGAUGUUUUUAAAAUAAAGUCAGGUUUAUGCAACCAUGAGUCUGAUUAUUAAUUGAUUAUAAAGAAUUAUUUAUGCAAGUUAGUCUAGAAGUGAAAUGGGGAUGCUGCAUGUUUGGCGAGCAUUUCAGGAGCCUGAAUGCCUAUUUUUCAGCCACUGUGAUUUAUUGUGCAACAUAUGGUUGAAGGAGAGGGGAGGUGGAGCUGCUGGAAUUUGGGCCCUGUGAGCCUGGCCAAACUCCAUCCCACAGAUCUCCAACAGGGAAGGCUGCUCUGCCUACAUGACUAGGACCAGCAGAGUGCAGAUAGCUAUCCUUGCUGGGAUGCCUUCAUUUGGAUCAGUCCCAAGAAAUCUUUCUGGGGUUUUUCCUUUCCUUUGUGGUUUUUUUUUUUUUGUUUGUUUGUUUGGUUUUUUUUCCCCAGCAGUAUUUCAGGAAGAUGUUUCCCAGCAAAUAGGUUUACAGAAAUAUAUUUGGAACAAAAACCAUAUUAAGAAAAUUACUGGGCUAAGCAUAAGCUAUGCAGUUUGUGACCCUGAGAUUAAUCUUACCACAAGUAUUUUGUUGAAAGGGGUGGCACAUGGGCUUUGUCCUCUUCAACCAACUAGUCCAACCUGAAUGCUGACAAAAAUCAAAGACUAAAAACAAAGGGAUCCACCAGAAAAUAUAUUCUCAGUCACUAUAACCAGACCAAAGACAGAGAAAAGAUGGCAAACUCAUCAAAUUAAUUGCCUGCUGUCAAUUUCCUCCUGGUUUUCUGUGCUGCUGCCUACAUCUUACCCAGCUUUUGAUCUCAGCUUAUUCUGUUUUCUCCUUCCUUCCCAUCUUCCUUGUUGGGACACUUGGGAUGUCCCUGUGUCUCCUCCUGCUCAAGCUCCAAGUCCUGCUUGUCAUGUGCCUGCACAGGAGCUGUGAUGACAGUGACCUACACCAAUCGCGUGGCAGAUGCCCGCCUGGGCACCUUCUCCCAGCUCCUGCUCCAAUGGAAAGGCAGCAUCUACAAACUGCUCUACUCCGAGUUCCUGAUCUUCAUCUCACUCUAUUUUACCAUCAGCCUUGUCUACAGGCUGAUCCUGAGCGAGAGCCAAAGGCUGAUGUUUGAGAAGCUGGCGCUGUACUGCAACAGCUACGCCGAGCUAAUCCCCGUGUCCUUCGUGCUGGGUUUCUAUGUGGCCCUGGUGGUGUCCCGCUGGUGGGCCCAGUACGAGAGCAUCCCAUGGCCAGACCGGAUCAUGAACCUGGUGUCCUGCAACGUGGAUGGGGAGGAUGAGUACGGGAGGCUCCUGCGCCGCACUCUGAUGCGCUACAGCAACCUGGUCAGCGUGCUGAUCCUGCGCUCCGUCAGCACCGCCGUCUACAAGCGCUUCCCCAGCAUGGAGCACGUCGUGAGGGCAGGCCUCAUGACACCAGAAGAGCACAAGAAGUUUGAGAGCUUGAAUUCUCCCCACAACAAGUUUUGGAUCCCAUGUGUGUGGUUCUCCAACCUGGCUGUGAAGGCGAGGAAUGACGGCAGGAUCCGGGACAGCGUGCUGCUCCAAGGAAUCCUGAAUGAGCUCAACACCUUGCGCAGCCAGUGUGGGAAACUCUACGGAUACGACUGGAUCAGCAUCCCCCUGGUCUACACCCAGGUGGUGACCGUGGCUGUUUACAGCUUCUUCCUGGCCUGUCUGAUUGGGAGGCAAUUUCUGGAUCCAGAGAAAGCAUAUCCAGGCCAUGAGCUGGAUCUCUUUGUGCCCGUCUUUACAUUUUUGCAAUUCUUCUUCUAUGCUGGCUGGUUAAAGGUGGCUGAGCAGCUCAUCAACCCUUUUGGGGAGGACGAUGAUGACUUUGAAGCCAACUGGCUCAUUGACAGAAACCUGCAGGUCUCCCUCAUGGCAGUGGAUGAGAUGCACCAGGAUUUACCCAUUCUGGAGAAGGACCUCUACUGGAACGAGCCCGAUCCCCAGCCACCCUACACCGCAGCCACUGUUGAGUACAAGCGCCCAUCCUUCCUGGGCUCCACUUUUGACAUCAGCAUGCAGAAGGAAGAGAUGGAGUUCCAGCCCCUGGAGCAGAUUAAAGAGAACGAGGAGGCCAACCACUCCACUCCCUUGCUGGGACACCUGGGCCGCCUCCUGGGUGUCCAGUCCCCAAACUUCUCCAGGUCCUCUUCCCGGAUGAACCUGCUGCGCCGGCGAGGAGAUCCCGCGUCGCCCUUCUCCCAUUAUACCUACCAGGACAUGGGGAAGGUCGGAAGCCCUUGUGGCAUCAGUCAGCCAAGAGGAGACUCCCAGGAGCAGUGGGACAGUGAAGAGGGAAAACUAAGGGAGUUUGAUGCUUUCAUGUCCACCCCCUUUUACGAGAGGCCUGGGUUCUACAGCGCUCCACAGACGCCCAUCAGCUCCAUCCCCAUGAUCUUCCCUUCCCGGCGCCAAGGGCGCAAGAAGCCACCGGCACUCUCCAGCAUCGCUGCGUGCUCCGCUUCCCUUCGGGAUGUCAUUGUCAAUGCCUCCCCUUCCAGGGCCAGCGAUGUGGACAAGAGCCAGAGCUCCCUGGGCUCUGCUGCAAAGGAAACCUUUGUUUGGCCAACAGAGCGGAGCAAAGGUCCUGACUCGGUGGCUGUGACAGUAGAAGAAGGAAAGGGCAGUUCCAGGGAAGCAGCCACCACAGGAAGCCCAGGAGCACAGUCCACAGCAUCCAACAGCCCCAAAUUCCCCUUCCUGCCAGAGACCCCCGAGCAUGAGAAGCACGGCAGCUUCAAAAGCCUGAAAAGCUCCAAAGCCUCACGUCCACCCUGGCUAAACCUGGAGAGCACAGCCUCAGCCACUCCCAAUUCGGAGUAUUCCAGUGCCUUUCACACCCCCAGUAACAAAACCCCCGGAGGCAGCGCCUCCCUCUGCUUCUCCUUCACGCCUGUCACCUCUCCAGCGCUGGAAAGAUCCCACAAGGGCAACCUGGGCCCUGAGGCUCACAGCCUCAGUUUGGAAGAUGCAGCCAGCACUCCAGACCAGCACCCAGAGGUUUCCAGGAACAUGAGAGACACUGGGAAUGGAAACACCAACCCCCCAGCUCCUAAAGAGCCCAGGAGAGCAGAGAGUCCAUCCCCCAAUGACUCUGGAAUCUCCCUAGCCGAGGGUGACUACGUGGGGCUGAUGGAGGUGAUCCUGGAGGCCAGUGAAAGCCCAGGGGAGGAGCAGAUAGACCAGUAUAGCUAAAGGGCAAUCCAUGGAUCUGUGGGAUACCUGCCUUAUCUUGGCACUCACCCAAGCAGAGGUGCUGGACAUGCAGCUGGAGUUCAGCUUGAGCUGAAACCAGCACAAAGGACACACUGCUCCUGGCCUCAGCUACAGCAGCAGCUUGAGACACAACAAGAACAAAAGCACCCAAAAAAUCCCAUCUGUAGCAAAAGAGCAAGACUUUGAGUGUUAAAUAUUGCAGGUACCAGCCUGACCAGCCAGGUGUACCCCGGAACAGGAGCACAGUUAAUGUGGAUACCUCCCUCCUCCUCACAGCAAGAAUGAGAACUUGAGUCCUUUCUCAAGCAGGACUUGCACUCCUAACAAGAUAGUCUAGGGCAAAGUAAGGGACUGAGGAAAGCCCCAUCACGUGUGAUGCAGACCCACAGGGUUUCUUCCAGUCCUGUCUGGCUAGCGUUUUCCAGUACUGGGAUAAGGCAAGGUAAGGGCUUGCCAGCACAGGCAGCUGCAGCAUCAGCCCAGCACAUGGCUUCCUUCUGAAGUUCCCCAUCUCCCACAGGAAUCUGACAGUGCUCAGAGAAAGCUGGAUGGCAGCAGACAUCACUCAGCUGAUUUUUACUGCCCACCCUCAGAAAAUAAAAAACUAGGCUCAAGCCCAGGACCUUGGUUUCAUUUCCUCAUUUUAGUUCCCUGCAAGGAAUUUAAAGAAACCACAGAGGUUUUCCUACUUCUGCCUUCAGCAGCAGCUGCAAAUCCCCCAUGUCACACAACAAAUUUACCUCCCACUGCCUUCACUACAGCUGCCUACUCUCCCUCCAAACUAAACAGGAGAAGCCAGCUGGAACCAAGUCACUUUAUUGGCUGGAGGGCAGUACAUAAAACAUGAACAGAACUGGGGAUAUUUGGUACAGAAUAUGGAACUGUUUAUCUAGGUAGCUGAAGCUGCAUGCACGGCUGGACAGUAAGAAGGAGUCCCAGUGAAACCCACAGCAUGGCUCUUGGCAAGGCUUCAGCUGUGACACUCCCCGAGGGUGUGCUUGUCGAAGAGAUACUCGGC